AUGUUUCAUCAACAAUUUUAUUCUCAAUCACAACAACAACAACAACAACAACAAACAGUAUUUCAUAAUAAUCAUGGACCAAAUCAUUUCUAUAUGCCAAAUAAUUCAUCUUAUUAUCAUUCAGGUCCUAUACCAAAUCAAAGUAGUCAUCAUGUAAAUUUUAGUCGUAUAUUUGAAUAUUUUCCUAUGCCAUCUCAUGGUUUUACUUCAAUGGGAACAGCUCCAUAUAUUUUCAAUGAUAUAACAAAUCAACAACAAUGGAAAUCAAAUAUGACAAGAAAUCAUCAUUAUCAUCAUCAUCAACAACAGUAUCAUCGUAUACCAGCAUAUUAUUUUCAAGAUAAAUCAACAUAUUAUUAUAUGUCUGAACCAAUGAUUACUAGUAAUAAUCGUAUUACAAUUCAAUUAACAAAAGUUCAUAUUGGAAAAAAUGGUGAUCAACAACGUGUAUUUGUUGAACAAGAAUUUAGUAAUCAAAAUGAAUUAAGAAAAUUUUUUAAAAAUUUAAAAUAUAAUUUUGAAAAAACAUUUAAUAAUCGUACUACAAAUAUUCAUAAUAGUAAUGAAACUAUUCAUGAUAAUCAACAUAUGAAUAAUAAUAAUAAUAAACAAUCUGGUGUUAUUGUUAUUGAAGAACCAGAUGAAGAACCAAAAAUUUAUGAACAACAAGUUUAUAAUGAAAAUAUUAAUUCAAAAGAAAAAAUACAAAAAAUAAAUUAUCCAUUAGUUAAUAUAUCACAAACAAUAAAUGAUGAACAAUCAACAAUUAUAUCAUCAUGUUCAACAAUAUGUGUAAAUCAACAUCGAAAAACUAAAAAGAAAUAUUAUCAAGAAAAUUAUGAUAAUGAAAUAAAUAAAAAACAAAAUCAAAAAUCAUCAAAUUAUUAUUAUCAUCAUCAUCAUCAUCAUCAACAACAACAACAUUAUGAAUUACCACCAAGAUUUCAACAACAAUUUUUAAAUAAAGAAAAUUUUUUUCGAAUGACAAAUGAUUUUGAUAUUCAUUGGAAAUUUAAUAAAUUUCACAAUACACCAUAUAAUCAACCAUAUUCAUAUGUUUUACCAAUGAAUGAAAAUCUUCCACCAUCAACAUCAUCAGUAUUUCAUCAUAAAAAAGAUUCAUAUUAUCAUUCAACAACACCAUCUCAUUUUAUUCAUACACAAAAUCAAAAACAAUUUCAACCAUCAUCAUCAUCAUCUCGACGUCGUCGUGGAAAAAAACAUCGACGAAAUCAACCAAAAAUAAUAAAAGAAAAUAUUAUUUUAACAAAUAAUAAACAACAACAAACACGUGUUCAUCGUUCACGAUCAAAUUUUCAACCACAAAUAUCAUUUCAAAAUCAAAUUCAAACAUAUCAAUAUCUUAAUUAUAGAUAUAAUUCAAAUCAACAACAUUAUAUACCAUAUAUACCACCAUCUCGAAUACCUAUAUAUUAUCCUCAAAGACGAUUAUAUAGAAAUACACAAAUAUAUUAUCGUUUUGUUAAUUCUUAUCGUCCGAAUACAAUUCGUUUUUAA